CUCACCUGCGACGGUCAAGCCUACUUAUUCGCUUCAUUAAACCAGCUGGACUGUUGUGAGUUGCAUCAAUCAUGGACAAGUUUCAGGCGUUCGGGAAGAACUUCAGUGCGAACUUUACGCCUUUUGCUGCGCGCACACAGCAGUUAAUUCGCGAGCAGCUGGGUCAGGUUGAAGACAAGACUCAACUUCCCGAUGAGUACAUCGAACUUGAGAAGCGCGUGGAUGCCCUGAAGCUAGUGCACCAGAAACUCCUUCAGGUGACCUCUCAAUACUCCAACGAAGCCUACGACUACCCCCCUAACAUCCGCGAAUCCUUCAACGAUCUCGGGCGCACCAUCAACGAAAAAGUCCACCUUCUGUCGCAGGCCAGCACCCCUGCCGAAGCUCAGGCUGCACUAACCGCACCCCCUUCAGCAAAACCGCAGCCCAAGACCUUCAGCCAUGCCAUUGCGCGCGCUUCGCUAGCUGGCUCCCAGACUCUGGGGAAUACUACAGCUGGUGAGGAUCCGCUCGCAACUGCCCUGGAGAAGUAUGCGCUGGCUUCGGAGAAGGUGGGCGAGGCCCGUCUGGCGCAGGACGCCCAAAUCCAGUCGCGCUUUCUGGCUGGGUGGAACACAACUCUGAACACGAACUUGAUGUUUGCUGCGAAGGCGCGUAAGAACGUGGAGAAUGCUCGACUCAUGCUGGACUCCAUCAAGGCAAAGCAUGGUGGUGAUUUGGAUAAUCUGAGCGAGGAGGCCCGUUCUGAGAUUGAGCAGGCGGAAGAUGAGUUUGUUGGACAAACUGAGGAAGCUGUUAGCGUUAUGAAGAAUGUUCUUGAUACCCCUGAACCACUGAGGAACCUGGCGGACCUUAUUGCCGCGCAGCUAGAAUACCACAAGCGGUCCUACGAGAUUCUCAGCGAGCUGGCUCCUGUUGUUGAUUCCCUCCAGGUUGAGCAAGAGGCCAGCUACCGUAAGAGCCGCGAGGGUGCCUAGAUG